GUGGCGCUUCAAGCGUAAAAUAAUAUUAAAAUAAAUUAAAUUAAGAGGAAUAUAUUUAGUUGACAGGUAUUCCAAUCACACUUUCACACGAUAAAAGACAGAUCGAACCAAAUACGGCAUACACGGCCUGCAGAAAAAGUUCUUUUUAGUUAUUUAUUCUAGCUUUAUAAUCUGGCUUAGGCCCCCGCCUCUACAGUUCUCACCCGCGAAUCAACGAAAGGCGUGUGUUUUUGUGCCAUUCCCGACCGCCGACCGCGUGUGUUUGUGAGUGGACGCAGCGUGAAGAAGAAGCAGAAGUUGAAGGAGGGCGAAAGUGUGUCGCGUGAAAAAAGUGCGAGAUUUUUCGUUGGGCAUAAUUGAAAGCAGGAACCAUGGCCGCUCAAGAAAACUCAGAUGUUUCCACAAAAUUCUCCACGCUGAACGUGAACGCAGUGGAGUUUGUGCCGAGCUUCAGCUACGGCGGUCCUGCCAGCACGGCGGCUGUCGUAUCGGCGCAAGCAGAGGGCGAAGCGCCACCGCCAGCGGACACCCAGCCGCCUGGAGCUGGCUCAGGGUCGGGAUCAGCCACACCAGCCACAACUCCGGACUCCACCGGCAGCGGGGGAUCAACAAAUGCCUUGGUAUCGACCGGAGGAGCGGCAGCAUCAGUAGUAGCAGGACCUGCGGAGACACAAGCGGGAUCCUCGUCGGCCGCCGCCUCAAACUCAGCCUCGCCCGCUCCAGGUUCACCGGCUACCACGCCUUCGACGGCAGCAGCGGGGCCAAUUGAGAUCAUCAGCGCGUCGGAAAAAAUUGCAAACAAUGAAACCGAUCCCGCUGAUAGCUGGGAUGUGGAUGAUGAUACAAUCAUAACACCUGAAGACGAAGAGGCCGAGGAUGAGUUUGUGGAGGGCGAGGCCACGCCGAAGGUGUCCAAAAAGAAGAUCGUCAAGGUCGAGGAGAACAGAAGCAAGCGGGAGCACGUGAACGUAGUGUUCAUUGGUCAUGUUGAUGCUGGCAAAUCAACAAUUGGCGGACAGAUCAUGUCGCUCACAGGGAUGGUGGACAAGCGAACGCUGGAGAAGUACGAGCGCGAAGCACGUGAAAAGUCGCGAGAGAGCUGGUACCUCUCUUGGGCGCUGGACACAAACCAAGAGGAGCGCGACAAGGGCAAAACCGUGGAGGUGGGACGAGCCUUCUUCGAGACAGACCGCAAGCACUUUACCAUCCUCGAUGCCCCCGGUCACAAGAGCUUUGUGCCGAACAUGAUUGGCGGUGCGGCACAGGCAGAUCUGGCGGUUCUGGUCAUCUCAGCGAGAAAGGGUGAAUUCGAGACGGGUUUCGACCGAGGCGGACAGACCCGCGAGCACGCCAUGUUAGCCAAGACGGCGGGCGUUAAGCAUCUGGUCGUGCUGGUCAACAAAAUGGACGAUCCUACAGUCAGUUGGGAUCCGACGCGUUACAACGAAUGCAAAGACAAGAUACUACCAUACCUCAAGAAGCUGGGCUUCAAUCCAGCCAAGGAUCUUACCUUUAUGCCUUGCUCCGGCCUCAGCGGCUACGGUCUAAAGGAUCAAAUUCCCGAGUCCAUCUGCCCAUGGUACAGAGGGCCCGCGUUCAUACCAUUCAUCGACGAACUGCCCUCGCUCAAUCGCAAGUCUGACGGGCCCUUCAUCAUGCCUAUUGUCGACAAAUACAAGGAUAUGGGAACAGUUGUGAUGGGCAAAGUGGAAUCCGGAAUGGCGCGCAAAGGUCAAAACUUGCUAGUAAUGCCAAACAGGACACAAGUGGCCGUGGAUCAACUGUUCUCCGACGACUUUGAAGUCACAUCUGUUGGUCCCGGCGAGAAUGUCAAGAUCAAGCUGAAAGGCAUUGAGGAGGAAGAUGUCUCACCUGGCUUUGUACUCUGCGAUGCCACUAAUCCCAUUAAGACGGGAAAAAUCUUUGAUGCUCAGGUCGUUAUAUUAGAACAUAAAUCAAUUAUCUGUGCGGGUUAUUCGGCCGUCAUGCACAUACACUGCGCUGCCGAGGAGGUUACAGUAAAGGCCCUCAUCUGUUUGGUCGACAAAAAGUCUGGUGACAAAUCAAAAACACGUCCACGGUUCGUUAAACAGGAUCAGGUUGCAAUUAUGCGAAUUGAAUGCUCUGGAAUGAUUUGCCUUGAACAGUUCAAGCUCUUCCCACAAAUGGGUCGUUUCACGCUGAGAGAUGAAAACAAAACCAUUGCCAUUGGUAAGGUACUGAAGGUGGUCGAAUAAAUUGAGCCAAGCUACAUUCUAGCGCCCGCCUUUCACUGCGACUUUUGAGAAAUAGCAUUGCACACGCCGCGACGAGAGACAACAACAACAACAACAACAACGCCACGCUUUCUUCAUAUUUUACAAACAAACCCAAGGCAGAACAGUACACACUCAUACUACACCAUAUACCGCGUUCUUUUACGUUUAACAGCAAUAGCAAUUGAUUAAACAUUGAUUAGAGGAAGUUUAUAUAUAUAUAGCAAACGAGAUAUGAAGGCGUUGCAACGGAUCCGUACAACUCGAAAAGACAUGCAGGCACUCCGAGACAGACCGAAACAGAAAAGCAUUAUAUACCAGACAUAAACUAUAUUUAUGUGUAACUAAAUGAAAAUCGGUAGCAAGAUCAGAUUGCAUGGCGAAACAAGAUGUACUAUUUAUAUAUAUAUACACAACAA